UGUCUGAAAUGGUCUAGGGUUUCCUGCCUGAGCAGGGGGUUGGACUAGAUGACCUCCAAGGUCCCUUCCAACUUUAUUAUUAUUAUUAUCAUCAUCAUCAUCGCUGGGUGUGAUAAUCUGUGUUGGAGACAGUCUGCAAGCAAAGACGUUAUGGAAAUCGUAGGGGUCCAUGGGCAUAGAAGUAAACUCCAGGAUUGUUAAAUUUCCACCUGAGAUACAGUGGGAUUUUCUCCUCAAUAUUUGCAGAAUUGCAUUAGUGAGCUCAUGACAAUGAUAGAACCAUCACCCCAUUUCCAGAACCCAUUAAACCUGGUUAGUUUAAGCCCAGUUAGCAUCUUUUGGGGAAUGCCUCGACCGAGACAGCUCACGGGGUUGUUUUAUGGGCCAAUGUCCUGCCUGCACUUGGGAAAAAUAGUUAAAUUAAUUCAGCCGUGAAGUGAAUAACCAAGAUGUUACACAAUUCCUGGACUCUCAUUUGGCUUUGUUACAACCUUGCUUGCAUUCGAGCCUUUUCUAGAUGUGGUACUCAGAGAUGCCAGUUUAAAAAUAAAGUCCCCGACAGAAGACAAUUUCCAGGGAUUGCCAGAGAAUGACUAAGGAGAAGAAGUGUUCUUGUUAUCUUUCUGGAACACACAUGGAGGUUAUCAACCCUAUUUCUGCUGAUGUUUGGUCUACCAGUCAGUUGUCCUUCAUGUCUCAUUGCAGAGAGACGCUCCAGCCAAAGAGAGCAGAAGAUGAGUCUCGUCAGCUUCUUCUUCACCCUCGGCCUGCUGCCUCUUGUCACCCUGGAUUGUCCCCGCCCUUGCCGUUGUGCCGCCAACAUCAUUGACUGCAUGUCAACCGAACUCAGCGACGACAUGAUCCCCCUCUCCUUUUCAGCCUCCACCACCAAGCUCUAUCUCAACAACAACUACCUGACCUUCAUCCCCAAAGGCCUCUUUGACAACCUGCACCACCUCCAGGCGGUCUACCUGCGGGGGAACCCUUGGGAAUGUACCUGCCACAUUCUCUACCUCCGCUCCUGGCUGCAGUGGCAAGACAACCGCACUUUGUAUCGCGACGUGGUGUGUUCGAGCCCCGCCCACCUUCAAGGUCGGAUCAUCACCUACCUGUCCGAAGACGAGAUCCUCUCUACCUGCCAGUCCUGGUACUGCGGCGUGGCUCUGGUGGCCCAGAUCUGCCUCUUCGUCUUCCUCUUGGUGCAGGCCAUCUUGCUCCUCCUUGUGGUUUUCUACAUCUGCCGGUUCCAGCGGAUAGCCAAGGAAGCCAGAAGGACAAUGGUGGAGUUUUAUGAGAAUACGGAUCCGUGGGAAAACGCUCGUAAAAGCAGUAUUGACUGAGGUCCGUGGAGAUUCUCAGUCUUCCGGGUCAUGGUUGUCCCAAAGCUGCUUUUUUUUUUUUUUUAAAGGGGGAACUGGACUUUCUUGUUUUGUUUUUUCUUUGUGAAGACGUUUCACUUCUCAUCCAAGAAGCUUAUUUCGUUGCAAGAAGCAAAAUGUCUUCCAAGAAGCAAACUCAGAAAGGCCAGUUGGCUUUUGAAAAAAAAAAAAAGCACCUUUGGGACAGGAUUGAUGGAUUGAUUACUGGAUAAGAAUAGCCUUUCUCUUACUGACCGCACAAUUCACUUAAUGACUAGUGAUUCGGUUAAUGGCCGUGGCAAAGAAAAAGGUGGUAAACUGUCUUGCCUAACGAAAGUUGUGAAUGCUCCAACACUGUAAGUUUUUAAGAAGGGAAAGCCCUUUGUCUGAAAUGGUACAGGAUUUCCUGCCUGAGCAGGGGGUUGGACUAGAUGACCUCCAAGGUCCCUUCCAACUUUAUUAUUAUUAUUAUAAAAGCCAUUCUGGUCCCAGUUGUGUAUAAUCCUUCCGUGUUCUUUCACUUUGUUAAAUGCCAGGCGAUACUUGUUGCUUUUAUUAUUAUUAUUAUUAUUAUUAUUUCAACGUACUAAUGUGGUCCUUCUUCCCCACCAAUCUGGAUUACCUUCAGUUAUUAAACCUCAAUUUUUAAUCUCCAGUUGCUAAAAUUCAGUUAUUAAACCUCUUUAAAAAAAAAAAAAACACCUCAUGGGCAGUUUUUAAGAAGACACGGGACCAUCAUUUGUCUGAAAUGGUACUUGAGCAGGAGGUUGGACUAGAGGACCUCCAAGGUCCCUUUUCACUCUGUUAUUAGGCAGGUUAAAGAGAUUACACAGCAGAGAGAGAGAUGAUUUGGGCUUCUCUUCAAAAACCUAUCGUCCCUCAAGCUUUUUUUCUUUCAAACCACACAAGGAAGUUUGUGUUGCCCAAUGUCUCUCUUUCUCUCUCCCUCUUUUUCAAUGUAUGCCAAUUUGAUUUAAAAAAUAAUAUAUAUAUAUAUUUUUAAUCUCACUUCCAGAAAAUUAUUUUCUCUGUCCCCACCAGAGGGCGCACAAACCCCACUGAACUUUGUUUUCUACUCUUUCACGGUUAGGUUAGCAAAUUGGUGUCUUCAAUUGUUAACUUCUUUUUCUCCAUCACAGCCAAAAAAGAAAAGAGAUUUAUUUCUGAGAUGAUGGCUCUGUUAAAAGAAUGCACCUACAUCGAUUCUGUACAAAAUCUCAUCUGCACAAAGAGUGGAGUUUUCUUGGGGCUUAUUUCCCAACUUUCUCAAGAUAAUUCUGGUAUUUUAUUAAUACAAAUAAUGUACGCAACUAACCCUCUGCAGACAGACAAGAAAAAUUAUAGAACUUCUCCAUUCGUGAAUACAAUAGAACAACUAUCA